AUGCAUUCCGCUUUAUCUGCUCGACCCCUGUCGAGGAGGUCGCCCUCCCUUUCGUCCUCAUCUUCAUCCCCAAGUUCGCGCCCGAGCUCGAGCCACGAGAUGGCCCCGUCUGCCACUGCUGGCAUUGGCCGCAAAGUGGCCGCAUCCUUGGACUUGUUCAAAGAGUCCACGAGUACUCCCGCAAAGGAAGACGUGAAACCGUUCGACCGUCCCAGAACAGGGUCUUCCGCCUCCAAGCGCAAAGCUGGCUCUUUGCGUCCUGUGGAAGAUAUGGCGGAGGCCCAGUUCGAGUUCGUCAAGCGAUCCGACUGGCCCGACCGCGAGAUUGCUGCCAUCCGGAGGGAGAAGAGUAUGACGGGCCUGGAGAGAGUGCGAACACGGGACAGCAUAAGCUCGGGCGUGAGCGUACGCGAGCCGGAACGCCGUCGAUCGCAGAAGCGGACGUUGUCUAUUCGAGAGAGCAUCCUAAACGAUCUGAUGCAGUGGAGGAAUGCAGUGGAGGAAGACAGAGGCAGGGCACGAGAACGGGAUGCAUGGCACGAAGACUCGUCCGCGCUUGAGAUUGGAUCACCGGGUACCGAUUCGUCUCUAUCGUCCAACGUCACAUACCAUGACUCUACUGGAUCUCCCGUCCGCACACCUCAUCGUCGAUUCUCGUCCAUUCAUCGCCCUCGUACUCCCGUCCAAGCACCGCCACUAUCCCUCGAGCUAUCCACUCCAAGCACUUUCACCGAACGUCAAGUAUCUCCUCCAGCCCGCUUACCACAACGUCCUCGCUCCCCCGCUCCCGUUCAAGAUCACCGACGAGUACCAUAUCCCUCUACCGUCGCAUCCGACCCAUACUCUUUCUCACCAUGGUCCACUGAUGAUGAGAGUGCAUGGGACACUGCUUCGGCGACGACUACGUCUACCACCGAAGCGUCGUCCCCCUUUCCCAUGUCUCCAUCUCGCACGAGCCCGCAGCCGCACCCGCUUGUCCGGCAUCCCAGCGACGAAGAUGACGAACAGCAUCAGCGAGCUUUGUUAUCGCAGUACGGUGAUAUUGAAGUUGACUCGCAAGGCUUGGCUGUUCCUGGGUUUGGAGAGCUACCACCGGAUCUCGAUGGCUACCAGGAGAGAUUGCCUCACAUUCCUCUUCGCCCGUUUCGCAACCAAGUUGGCGGGCAUAAUGCCAUUUACAAGUUCACAAAGCGGGCCGUCUGCAAGCCUUUGGUAUCUCGCGAGAACCUGUUCUAUGAAGCAGUCGAACGGGAGGCUCCUCCACUUCUUGACUUCAUACCGCGUUACCUCGGUGUCAUGCUUGUAAGUUAUAGGCGUGUGCCGCGGUCAUUAACAGGCUCCUGCGCACGACGCGCCGGCGAAGGUCUGGAUCGUACACGCCCUCCGCUGCAGAAGAUGCCGUCCGAUGUGUCCAGAUCACUUCCAUCUGACAAGUCCGUCAAAUCGAAUGGGACGGAAACGGAGGCAAGCGAGGCCGAGUUGCCAGAAGUCGCGUUGGACUAUAACCGCCACAUCGUUCCUCAAUGGCUGCUUCGUGGUGGGCGCAGCCGAGCCAUGUCACAGUCCGACUCUGCAUUCCUUCGACCGUACAACGGCAGGCUUCGAGGCGUCCAUCUGGGCGGGUACACUGCAUCCAGUCCUGAUCUUGCGAUAUCUGCAACGCGUCUUCCUUGGUCACAAGGUGGCUUCAAGCCGGCUCCAAGCUCUCUCGCGCGCACUCGCGUUGAGGAGGACUACGUAUCUGGUGCUCCCACGCCCGUGAACACACCUCGAAUGAUCUCGACUCGCAUGCCAUCGGCCGUUGAACGUCAGGGUCUGUCCCCUAGAUCUGCAUACAACGCGGGUCUGUUUGGCGGGACAGGCUCAACCAUGGUCAACACAAAAUUUAAGGACCACGUGUUUAACACCCUGCUGCGCCGCUUAUCCAGGCGUUAUCCUAGCUAUAGUGGUGCUGGCUCUCGGGCUGAGGAUGAGGGCGAACUUGCCGAUGCCGAAGGUGAGGGUGUGGUUCUGAGCGAUGGGCCUUCGAAGAUAAGGGUUCGGAGGAAGAGGCUGAGUCAAGUAGAGCGGCUGCGUCAGGAGGAGGAGAGCUUACUUGGGCAACCUCUACGGCGUGUCCAGAGUGAGAGGACGUUACCGAGCUGUGAGGAUAUGGAGGGUCGGAAUGGCGCGACGCCCGAGAUGUUCGAGUUUGAAUAUGACCGCGGAGAGGUCGAGGAUGCUGUGCCUACGUUCCGCGACCACAGCGGCGCCUCUUCACUGACAGCUCGAGCCCGCAGCCGGCAACCGAGCGACUCCCGACCGCUACCCCCGUGCCUUGACCAAACGCAGCUGCUUGAGCCUCAUCUCCCAGAAGUCCAUCGACUUUCUCCAGAUGCCAAAGGACGUGCUUCGUCGGUGACGCGGCAGAACCACUUCAUUUUAAUGGAGGACUUGACUGGCCGUCUCAAACAUUCCUGCGUUCUUGACCUGAAGAUGGGUACCCGUCAAUAUGGGAUGGACGCGACGCCUGCCAAGAAGAAGAGCCAACGAAAGAAGUGCGACCGAACCACGAGCAGGACGCUAGGCGUCAGAGUGUGCGGGAUGCAGGUAUGGAAUCAUGUCACCCGGUCCUAUGUGACUCAGGACAAAUACAAGGGUCGCGAGGUCCGUCCCGAAGACUUCCCUGGCGUAAUAUCGUCCUUCCUGAAUGACGGCGAGCGUCUGCUGGUUUACCAAAUCCCGGUCAUAUUGCGGAAGCUGUAUGCUCUCGCACGCAUCGUCAAUCGGCUGAAGGGCUAUCGUUUCUAUGGCUGCAGCCUGCUCAUGAUCUACGACGGCGAUCUUGAAGCGCAGGAGGCUUUCAGGGCGUCAGUCCUCGAUCACCCGUCUUCGCGAAGCAAGCGAGGAGAGUCUCUGGAGCGUCGAUUGGGCAAGUCCACGGAGAGGAAGGAGGACCAUCCUACUCUGCGCCGCUCGCAUAGCGAAGACCUCCUGGUUGGGCCGGUUGCAGACCGCUGCAGCCGACGUCGGAAACGAGGCGAGAUGCAGAUACGUUUGGUCGACUUUGCGCAUACCACAACGGGCAGGGAUUGGCUGCCCUAUCCACCGGACGGGCCUCCAGAAAGCGAGGAGGUUACGAGCGGGAAGGGGUACCAAGCUGACGUCGACCCGGAAACUGGACUGAUAUACGCUAGGUUCCCCCCUCACUAUCCCGAUCAGCCCGAUCGCGGGUUUCUCUUCGGAUUGAAGAAUCUUGCCGAGACGUUGGAGAAGAUAUGGAACGAGGAGCGCGUGCGUCGCAUCAAGGCCUCUAGGGAUGAUCCGUCGGCCAUCAAUGACCAAUUGCCUCCGCUCUCGACCAACGGCAAGGAGAUUUUUGACGAGAUCUUCAGGACGCCGGAUAGUGAGCCGGACUACGGGAUGAUAUCGACAUGA